GGCUAGUAAAAUUAAACAGCGUAAUUAUGGAGUUAAUAGUAAUACCUACUUACAAAUCCGAUGAACUAUGAACGUGUGGCCUUAAACGCGAAAAUCAUGGCGAGGAUUGGCGACAUCAUUCAUCUUAACGUUGGGGGCAAAAGGUUCAGCACCUCCAGACAGACUCUGACAUGGGUUCCUGACUCGUUUUUCUCAAGUUUAUUAAGUGGACGGAUAUCAACACUUAAAGAUGAGACUGGAGCGAUCUUCAUUGACCGAGAUCCAUCUCUGUUUGCUCCUAUCCUCAACUUUCUGCGCACUAAAGAGCUUCACCCCAGGUCCAUAGAUGUUCACUUGUUAAUGCACGAGGCAGAGUUCUAUGGGAUCACGCCGCUGGUGCAAAAGCUGCAGCUGUGUGAUGAGUUGGAUCGCUCCUCCUGCGGGAACGUGUUGUUCAACGGCUACCUGCCUCCAGCAGUGUAUCCGGUGAAGCACAGAAACAGGCACAGUGUGGCAGGACCCCAGUUCAUGGGGGGCCGUGCGGGGCCCGCGGAAAGGGCCCCUGUGAGGAGGAGUAACACAAUGCCGCCUAACCUGAGCAAAGCUGCCAUGGAGGAGAAAGUGACAGGUCCGAUCUCUGAUCCAGGCAUGGUCAGAAUCAUAUGCGGUCAUCAUAACUGGAUUGCCGUGGCUUAUGCCCAGUUUGUGGUCUGUUACAGGGUUAAAGAGUCGACUGGAUGGCAGCAGGUGUUCACCAGCCCUCGGCUGGACUGGGUGAUUGACAGAGUGGCUCUUAAUGCCAAAGUCAUGGGCGGUUCUCUAGGGGACAACGAUAAGAUGGUUGCCGUUGCAUCGGGCACAGAAAUCAUACUGUGGGCAAUCUGUCCCGAUGGAAAGGGCAAUGAAAUUGGUGUGUUCAGUUUGAAUGUGCCGGUGGAGGCUUUGUUCUUCGUAGGAAAUCAGCUCAUCGCCACCAGCCACACGGGUAAAGUGGGAGUGUGGAACGCAGUCACUAAACACUGGCAGAACCAGGAUGUGGUUCCCAUCAACAGUUAUGACACAGCCGGAUCGUUCCUCAUUUUGGGAUGUAAUAAUGGAUCUAUUUACUACAUAGAUGUCCAGAAGUUUCCACUGCGGAUGAAGGAUAACGAUCUGUUGGUGACUGAGCUGUAUCGAGAUCCCAGUGAAGAUGCUAUUACUGCUCUAAGUGUCUACCUGACGCCCAAAACAAGUGACAGUGGGAACUGGAUCGAGAUCGCGUAUGGCACUAGUUCAGGCACGGUGCGUGUCAUAGUGCAGCAUCCAGAGACGGUGGGAUCCGGUCCACAGCUCUUCCAGACCUUCUCCGUUCACCGCAGCCCUGUUACUAAGAUCAUGCUGUCUGAGAAACAUCUCAUCUCUGUCUGUGCAGACAACUAUCACGUUCGUACCUGGACAGUGACACGUUUCCGAGGCAUGAUCUCCACUCAGCCUGGCUCCACCCCCCUCACUUCCUUUAAGAUCCUCUCAUUGGACGAUAUUGAUGGCCAUGGAGGCUGUGCUGCUGGCACUGAAAUAGGUCCAUAUGGGGAGCGCGACGAGCAGCAGGUGUUUAUCCAGCGUGUGGUUCCCGACACGGAUAAACUCUACGUAAGGCUCUCCUCCAAUGGGAAGAGGUUGUGUGAGGUGCGUUCGGUGGACGGGACGUCCAUCACAGCGUUUGUGGUGCAUGAGUGUGAGGGCUCCAGCCGCAUUGGGUCCAGGCCCCGCCGGUACCUCUUCAGUGGACACAGCAACGGCAGCAUCCAGAUGUGGGACCUCACGACGGCGAUGGAGAUCGCAGGGAAAGUGGAUAUCAAAGCUCUCGGAGGUCCCACUGAAGAGGAGUUACUGGAGCUUUUGGACCAGUGUGAUCUGGCACUGACCCGAACACCAGACAUGAGUCCUGCCGCGUCUCUCACACACUCCUCACGCAACUCCAUGUGCAGUCUUCAGUCUCAUUUCAGUGAAAGCGGUCGAGCUGCUGGUGGUUUUCGAGGUCUGGUUUCUCUGACCGGUAGUCUGCCCCGUCAGGCCCCGCUGGUUCCCCUCAGCAAACCCCACCUUGGCCUCAGCCAGUCCUCUCUCGGCAGCAGCAGCGGGCCUCUGGAGCGAGAGAAGGACCGGGACGGCCUCGGCUCCAUCCACAGAGGCAGCUUUGUGGAGCGCUGUCAGGAGAGAGCCAAGAGCUCGGACACGGCCGGCCUGGACGCGGGGAGACGGAGUUUAGCUGUGUGCAGUGAGCUCGAAGCGAGGCUCGGUCUCAGAAUGCAGUCGUCAUUCUCUGCCCUGCCAGCGGCGUGUUUGUCCACACCUUCAUCAUCAUCAUCAUCAGCAGCAGCAUCCAUGAGAAGACCAGCUUCGGCAGCACCGAGUCCUGCUCCUUCACCGCUCAGUCCAGCCAGAUCUCCAAGAUCUAACGUCUCGUCUCCAAGACGACCUCUGACCUCUCCGACCAGUGAGAGCCCAUCCAAUGAGAAUGUACCUGGGCAGGAAAGCCCCGCCUCUUCAUCUUCGACCAGCCCUAAACCUCACAUGAAUGAAACCAGCUUCUGAGAGG